UUUCUCUUAAAAAACUAUGAGAGGAGUCGGAGAGUGGGAGACAGAGAGAGAGAGAGAGAGAGUGUGUGAGAGAGAUGGAGAUGGAUGAUCAAGUACUCCCAAUUCUUGAUUUUUCAGAGGGUCUAGUGUUUAAGCAAGGGAGCGAGGAGUGGAAAGCUAUGAGUAACAAAGUGAGAGAGGCAUGUGAGGAUUAUGGUUGCUUUCUUUUGCUAGUGAGGGAUGAGAUCCCCAUGAAGUUGCGUGAAGAAAUGGUGACGGCCAUGAAAGCUUUGUUUGAUCUGCCUGAAGAGACCAAGCAUAAGCACAAGAUUUUCAAGCCUUAUCAGAGCUACGAAGGCAGGAGCCCGGUCAUUCCCUUGAACGAAAGCUUCGGCAUCGAUGACGCUUGCCGCCUCGACGCAGCUCAGGCCUUCACCAACCUCAUGUGGCCUCAAGGAAACCCUGCAUUUUGUGAGGCAAUGAAAUCCAUGUGCUCCAAGAUGAUGGACUUGAAUAUCACCAUCCUUUGGAUGAUCUUAGAGAGCUUUGGUUUGGGGAACCACUAUGACACUCAUGUCCAAAACACCACCAGUGCUUUUCGUUUCAUGAAGUACAAAGCUCCUCCUCCUCCUCCUCCAACUCCAAGCAACAUCAAUAUUAAUGUUGGCUCAUCAACAGCAUCACCGUCGGCGUCCCCAUCAGCUGCCCUGGGCCUUGUGCCUCAUACUGACAAAAAUACCCUAACCAUUCUGUGCCAAAACGAUGUGCAAGGCCUAGAGAUUCUGACCAAACAAGGCAAAUGGGUUGAAGUGAUGGUCCCAGAGGGAGCUGUUGUGGUCUUUGUUGGUGAUGCACUUAAGGCCUGGAGCAAUGGGAGGCUUCAUGCAGUGAUGCACAGGGUUAUGAUGAGUGGGGACAAAGAGAGGUACUCUUAUUCCCUAUUUUCUGUGCCAAAAGAGGAGGUGGUGAUUGAAGUGCCACAGGAAUUUAUAGACAAGGAGCAUCCUUUGUUGUACAAGCCAUUCAACUUUGCCGAAUACUUUACAUACUUCACGUCCAAUGUUCGUGAGGAUGCACUCGAAUUAUAUGCUGGAGUUGAUAUUAUGUCAUAAGAUCUAUGUUGGUUAAGGGGAUGUGUGUUUUGAAACAAGGUUUCUAUAUAUGUCUUUGUGUCGUAUGUUUUAUUUUAUUGAAAGACAAUAAUCUUAAUUUGUAUUGCCUAAGACUUUAGUAUAUGGAAGUAUCUUGCAUCUUGUUUGGUGGAGAAAAAGUUA